AUGGUUAAGGAACUACCACCGCGCAAGCACAACAAGAUCGUGACAUGGGCCGAUCCGAUUGCUGAGACCAGGUUGUUUGUGAAAGAACCGUCAUCUGAAGACAUGCGUGACAUACCCGAGGACAGCGAGUAUUAUGCAUAUGAUGACAGUGAGGAAUAUGACACAGAUGACGUGUUAGAAAAUGGAGGGAUGAACCAGGGUUCAGGGGUGGCCCAGGUUACUAAGGAAAUUGUUCAGGAAGAAGAGGAGCAGAAUAUUGAUCAGGGUAUUGAUCAGGAGGCAGAAGAGGCAUUUAAUGAGAGCAAUCUUGCACUCUACUACGUGCUCAUAAAAAACAGAGUUCAACUCAAAGUUCUCGAACAGAACCUUGAUGAGACCAAAGAGUGUCUCAGAACGGCACUUGUUGCACAUGAUGAACUAAAAGCAGAUAUUGAUAAGAAGAGCAUGUUGCUAAAAGAGUGUACUGCUGAAUCAGAGAGAAACAGAUUGAUGUACGUGAAAGCAUAUGAAACAGUAUCUGAACUUACGAAAUACAUUCAGGUGAGAGAGCUGGCCAAAGCCGAGGACAGGGUGAAUCCCGGCAUGUCAAAUGAGCCAGUGACUCCUCCUAAGAAAAGUAUGUCAGAAAGAACAAAAAAGAAGAUCAAAUAUUACAUCACAAAGGCGAUUAAGAAAUGUGGUACAAAACCAGUCCGUGUUACCAUUCAUAGGCGAAAUAAGGCGCCUUGUGUGCUGAUGCUAACACGAAAUGAAGAAAACAAGAUACANGAUUGA